UCUUGUGAUAUCCCCCUUAUCAGAUCAUUUUGCAUUCUAAUUCGUCUAGCUUGUCUACUUUCGAACUUGUCGUGCAAGUUUCAGUGUCACGAGUAAGUUCGCCUCGAGAGGCUUCAAUCCAUCCGUAAUAUCGUUGUUUUUUUUCUCCUCGGAUAUUUUCCACGUUUCCUCUUCGAUCGACCACGUUCGAGUUUAUGUAACAAGUGGUAAUUCUCGUUUGCAGCGAGAAAGAAGAUGUAAACCAAAAUGUAAUGGCAUACCUUCCACGUUUCUUAAAGGACUUUACAUCAAUCCUCGUUCCCAUAAGUUCCCGACUGAGAGCUAAUUUUCCAGCAUAAAACCUUGGAAGUUAGGUGAAAUAUCUACAGGAGGGACACCGAUCUUCUAAGACGUGACUCGUGGGAAACACGAAGGAUGUCCAAGCUACUUCUCGCCACGCUGCUCCCUCUAACCGUCCUCUUUCGCGUCGCUUGCAAAUUAUCCGAGUCUGACGAAUCGGACAGCUAUUCGAACCUAUACCCUUUCCUGGAAAAAUGGGCCAGGAGCAGUCACACGAAGAUGCUGACCGUGGUAUUCGACGAUUACGACUUGGAACGGCCCCCCUUCGACAUCCCCGCCGGGAUGCUGAUCGAUCUAAACGUGUCCACCAAACUGGUUACUUUGAAACAUCUAAUAUCUCUCAGGCAAAAGGAUAGAAGGCGUGAUUACCAAACGAUAGAAAGUGAAAACUGCGUGUUGCUCUUGUUCUCGGACGUGGACCACCUCAAAGACAUCCUCAGCUCCCCCCAUUUGAUCUCGUUCUGGCAUCCGGAGAAUUUCUACAUACUUCGUGAACAAGGGGGAUCGUCCGUCAGCUUGUUCGAGCAGGAACGAUUCUGCCAGUGGGCGUUCGAGAGGCUUUGGAGGGUGAGAAGGGUGUACAAGCUGCUUCUGUUCACCGGUGAUAAAGUGAUCCGAUACGAUCCUUUCGAUUACAACAGGCUUCGCGCCAGGUAUCGCGUUGGCGGCCGAGAUUGCGACUGGUAUUGCAAUAAAUCGAACGAGGAGGGCGGUUUUCUAUCGAUCGACAGGCCGAAUAUCAGCGAGGUGUCGGAUUUUUUCGACGGGGAGAGGAUCGACUUCAAACGAUACCCGUUGAAAAUAUCCAUCUUCGAGACGAGCACGAUCUCUGUGAAGGAGGGGCGAUAUUUCGGUUUGGAUUUCAAGUAUCUGGAAGAGGUUUGCAAAAAGAUGAACGUGACUCGUUCCCUGAUCAAGUCGAGGGAUAGAUUCGGUUGGGAGGAGAACGGCACAUUCUUCGGGACAAUUGGACACUUGGUGUACGGUUUUGCAGACGUUUCGUUCAAUCAAUUCUUCGUCAAGGAUUAUCUGACCAGACAGCUUGAGUUCACCGCGUCAAUUACCAGUGACAAAUUGUGCGUUCUUAUACCGAAAGCUCCACCCCUGCCCGAUUAUCUCGUGAUCGUCAAGAUCUUCACGGGGAGGGCCUGGUUGCUCGUGUUCGCCGCCCAUUUCGUCAUCGCUAUGAUUUACACGGUCUUGAAGAUCGAGAAGUAUCGAAAUAUGCUCGAGGCUGUGAGGAAGAGCGGGCAGGCGUUUUUCUGCUGCGAAUAUAUUCCCGACUCGUAUUUUCUCGAGGAUCGAAACGGUGUCGUGUUCAACGUCGUUCGAGAAACGGGCGAGAGGGUGUCGUACGAGGAAGACGAGCGAAUGAGCGAUGGAAAUACCAGGAAGUAUCCUUGUUUUGCUAACAACUUUUUCCUGUUCGAUGGAUCGGAGAACGUCCGAUCGACGGCAUCCAAAACGAAGAGAAACGACUGGAAACGUUUCGAUCGAGCCUCUUUGUCCCUUCUGAUAACGCUGGCACGUUAUUUAAUGAAGGUGGUAUUUCAGCUUAUGCAACCCUUUAAAUUGGGUCAACCAUGGUUCCCGGAGAGAUUGUUGCUGAUAUGCAGUCUACUUCUCAGUUUGAUCCUCAACGGAAUAAUCACAUCUCAACUUGCCUCCAGUUUCAGCAAACGAAUGUACUACGAAGACAUUAACACGUUGGAACAGUUGGAGAAAAGCGGGAUAACGAUUUUAACCGACGCCAAAGAUGUCAUAAGCGACGCGUUCACCGAUGUAACAUCACCAUUGAUUAAACGGCUUCACGAGAGAUUGGAAUACGCCAACAGAUCGGAAGUUCAUAGAAGGUUAUUCGAGGUGAGGGAUGCUGGCUACCUUCACCGAAUCGCAACCCUUCCGUUGAAAUACGACGAAUACCAGAGGAAAACGUUGCACGUCGUCAAAGAGUGUCCAAAGGAUUACAUCAUAGCCAAUGUGAUGAAGAAAGGAUCACCUUUUGGAAGACGUAUAAACAGCAUCCUUCUCAGAUUGAACAAUGGUGGUUUCUAUAAGAUUUGGUACCAAGCCAUGUACCAAUCGUUGAAACGGAAAGAGAUGAUGACGCUCGAUGACUCGUCGAUACAUCGAAAGAUCACGAUUCGACAUUUGUUUAUCCCUUUCGGGAUAUUGUACCUUGGACUGGCCACCAGCGUAAUCGUAUUCAUCUACGAAUAUCGGCGAAACAACGUCUGACGUUGGUUAAGCUCGAAGGGAUGUUCGAAAUGAAUGUAAAAAGCGAUAACUGAAGUGGAAAUCAUUGCGUCUCCAACGUGUCGUUCCUUUGCCCUUUCGCAACCAAAGGGUGAAGCAAAGUAAAUGGGACGUGAAAAUUUAAAAAAAUUUUCUUCUCUUUUAAGAAAAUAUAUAGAUAAGGAACGAAAUUGUUCUCGAUAAUAUAGCUUUUGACGAACAAUUUUUAUCAUCUUCAAUUUUUUAAUAAUCUUAAAACGUAUAGAUCUUAGAAAUAUAAAAAUUAUGAUAUGAAAAAUUUUAUAUUAAUUCGAUUUUUAUAUAUAAUAAUAUUUAUUACGCGAAUAUAAUUGAACGAAAUUUUGUUAUAUUUACAUAUGGUGAAAAUUUUGAUUAAAAUAAAUAAUCAAAUAACGAAUCA